CGCAGUGAGGCAGGCACUUCAUGUGUUCGUCGUCGUCGGUGGAGGUCACAGACAUCCGAGCAGGUUCAGGUUGCUGUCAUGGCAAAGUUAUUUGAGUCCAUUGGGAAGUUGGGGCUCGCCCUGGCCAUCGGUGGGAGUGUGGUGAACUCUGCCCUCUUCAACGUUGAUGCAGGGCACCGGGCCGUGAUCUUUGACCGGUUCAGAGGUGUACAAGAAGAAGUUGUCGGUGAAGGAACCCACUUCCUCAUUCCCUGGGUUCAGAAGCCCGUCGUCUUUGACUGCCGUUCCCGUCCACGCAAUGUGCCUGUCAUCACAGGGAGUAAAGAUCUGCAGAAUGUAAACAUCACACUGCGUAUCCUCUUCCGGCCGGUGACGGGUCAGCUGCCACGAAUCUUCACCAGUAUCGGUGAGGACUACGAUGAGAGGGUACUACCAUCCAUCACCACAGAGGUCUUAAAGGCUGUAGUGGCUAGAUUUGACGCUGGGGAGCUCAUCACUCAGAGAGAGCUGGUAUCUCGGCAGGUUAGUGAGGAUCUUACAGAAAGAGCUUCCACCUUUGGCCUCAUCUUGGAUGACGUUUCACUGACACACUUGACCUUCGGAAAGGAAUUCACAGAGGCCGUUGAGAUGAAACAGGUGGCCCAGCAGGAGGCUGAGAGAGCCCGUUUCGUUGUAGAAAAGGCAGAGCAACAGAAGCAGGCAGCCAUCAUCUCUGCCGAAGGAGAUUCCCAGGCUGCCUUGCUCAUUGCCAACUCUCUGAUGGAGGCUGGUGAUGGGUUGGUAGAGCUACGUAAACUUGAGGCCGCUGAGGACAUCGCCUUCCAGCUGUCGCGCUCCCGCAAUGUCACUUACCUCCCGUCGGGGCAGGGCACGUUGCUUCAGCUGCCCCAGUGAUCGGAUCCCUGCUCCAUGUGGCCACCAGCUCUGACACGGGCCGUGGAGAGGGUGGUUAGAAGAUGCAAUUUAGGGGUUUUUCAUCGUUGCACAUUCCUCCCACUCUUUCUCUAACCACCAUUGGACUGGGCACUGCUGACAGCAGCAUGGUGGGAGAUGGAGUGAGAGGUUUGUCAUGGAUACAUGUAUGAAGUCCACCCUUGUAUAUGGAAAUGAAGGGGUUAAUUUUUGCCAUCUUUGAUAGCUCAUAUACACAUUACAUAGUACUUUGAGGGUGAUCAGCAAUGCAGUAAAUUCCCAUGUCAAAUUAUCCCGCAAUGAAAUCUCAAGUAUGUGUUCAUUUUACACAAGUGAAAAUUGUGUAUGAUUCAUUUUGAAACGCAUUCAAUUGCAAGUGAUAUGGGCUGAUAUUCUGUUAUUGUUGUGCUGCAAAGUUUAAGCAAGUUGUGUAACAGUCGUCUAAUGAAAAAUGGAAUGGAAUCUCUUGACUUUUCAAGGUUUUGUUUUCGUGAAUAAUAAUGCCACCCCCUAUCAAUUGAUUUGUGCCUGCUGGGCAGUAGAGGAUGACCUCUCAUUCUUUACUGUUCUUGCUGUCUUUCAAUAAUGAAAAUGGAAGGAAAAGAAGUAAGACCCACAAUUCAGAAUUGGCUUAACUUAAUAAAGUUUUCUUUCUACC